AUGGACUCCCUCUCCCACGCACCCCGUCCUCACCUCCCCAGCACCGUCUACAACCCCAACCCCUUCCCUCUAGACCCUGCACAACCUGAUGGUGUUAGUCGGUUUAAUGCGUUCACGGCCAAGCACACGAGGAAGGAGAUCAGGGAGGUAGAGACGAUGGAUUUGGAUAUUGAAGUUGAGGAAACCAAGGGGUUUGUUUCUGGGCGGAGUCGGCAGAGUAUCGAGUUGGAGAGGGGUAUGAGGAGCGAGUAUGUCAGGGAGGUCGACAUGGAGGAGAAUGAGUAUGAAGUGUCGAGGAGGACGAAUAAGACGGCAAUGUCCAAGUUUGGGGCUGGACUGAAGGAUGCUUUGGCCAAGACCGGACUCGGCAAGACUCAGGACAAAGAGCGUGCACUAGCAACGUCGACCAAGGAGACUGUAGCUAGUGCCAAUAAGCCAGAGGAGGUCGAUGCAGUAUUGCUGCAUCAUCUUCAGAUCCAACAACAGCAGCAGGAAUUGCAUAUCCGUCAGCAGGAACAGCACUACCACCAACAGCAACAGUAUACGCAGGAGCAGGAUGUUGUCUCGUCUUCGAGGGGUCAGCGCGGUCGACCGAAGGAACGUCAGCGUACUCGAAAUGGACCUGUUCAUCGCCAGGGAAAGCCUGGACACAGUGGUGCAGGUGGACGGGGAUUGAGAGUCAGGGACGAGGAGGAUUCAGGGUCGUCCAGUUAUCACAAGGAAAGGGAGAGUCGUAACGCCGUUAUUGACCGUCGAGCCCGCCUUCAUUCGCUAUCGCCUCCUCCCGCACCUGGUCAGGAACAUCGUGGUUCUACUACUUAUUGGUUAAAUGGUCGUGAGGGAUCUCAUCCAGACGACCAGGAGCAGAUGAGCCCGUUCCUCCCACAGACUUCGUCCCACCAUCAACAUCACUCGCGCUCACAGCAACAGCAACAACAGCAGUACGAGAGGUCACGCGCGCUUAGUCAAGCAAGCGACUCGGACAAUGGAGAAUACUCGCGGCAUGCCAACAGAGAUGGUCGUCGUCGGCAGUCUCGCGAACGCAACAACAACGAGGCGGACAGGAUGCGACGAGACCUAGCAGGCCAACGCCAACAGUCGGCACUCCAUCAGGUCACCAAUGCCGCCUCUACCGACAGGAUAUCCUCUGAGCUGGGCGAGGAAGAGAGGCUCUCUUCCCGCGAUGGCCGUCAUCGUUCGCCCCAGAGACCCGUCCCAGAUCGACUGAGCAGGGCCAAGGAAUGGGUGGCAGGCCACAGCAAGAACAACAGCAUUGCGACACCAGCACCCGUCAUGGACAGAGAAGCUGCACUGGCGUCCCUCCCAGGAGCCUUCCCCUCCCGAUCCCCCCACCGUCGGUCCAUAGAUUCUUUUGACGACUUUGCCGUCAUCACCCCACCACGAGGCAGCUAUUUCAUCAAUGCCGGACGCGGGGGUGGAGGGUACGAUCCUCGGGAACGGGUUGCGAUGGUGGACCAGAUGCGGAUGCAGGACUUGCAGAGGAGUGGGUAUAGACAAAACAUAUCGGCCGUGGAAGAUGAUGGACGGUACUGGAAUCGGCAGCUGGAAGGGUACGAGCAGCGGGAUCGGUAUCGUCAGAGUCGUGUCGAUUAUGAGUAUGAGGGAGGUGGUGGACAAGGUGGUCCAUAUUAUGGGUAUGCGCCUGGAGGACCAGAUGAUCUAGAUGAUGAGACGGAAUCGACUUUAGCACCUGGGUCUGCAGUUGGUGGUGUUAGUAAGGCGAGGGUUGCUGGGUUCGAGAAGUCGUCAGAUGCGAGCAAAAAGUUGGGCCCUGAUGGACGGACACCGGUACUGCCUGUCCCGGGAGUGGAUGAAGAGGGUCAGGAGUUGAAAGCAAGGGUUCCCAAUAAGAGACGUUUGAUCCUGCGACUCAUCAGUCUCUCGUCCAGCAUCCUCGUCCUCGUCCUCCUCAUCGCCGCGUCACCCGUCUCGAAAGCAUCAUCCCCAUUUUCAACACAAGCAGGACUGGCCUUCCACUACGUGGUCGGUAUUAUCUCAACACUGGUCAGUAUCGCAUUCGUCUUCAACUACUUCAGCCGCCGUCUCCGUCGUCAGGAGAAAAUGAAGCGCUUCCUUCUUUUCGGCCUCGACAUUCUCAUGUCACUCCUCUGGCUCAUCGACGUCUUCAUCUGUAUCUCGAAAUUCCCCUGUGGCGUCGGAGAACUCAACGGGUGGUGCGAUAUGUAUAACUCAAGCAUCUUCCUAUCAGUAAUCGCACUCCUCAGCUUCCUCGCCGCAUUCAUUUGGGACAUCUGGGGCUCCUUCGACCAUUCAGAUUCCAAGGUCUUCGGAAAUGGACCCUGGAUUAAGCCGCCACCACCUGGGUUUGAUCGCAAGCCGUUGGCGAAGCAGGGUGCUGGUCCUGGUCGACAGCAAGGGCAACAGAUCCAGAUGCAGGGGCAGGGGGGUGUGCCGCCUGGCGCAUAUCCAGGUCAGGGGAUGGGGCAGGUGCCUGGACAGGGUGGUGCGCCGCUCAAGAAGCCUAAAAAUAGUAAAGCCCUGUGGUAG